AUGGACAAUGCAACCUCACACAAGAAGAUUGAUAGUCUUACUAGUCUUACAUUCGAACAACAUCCUUGCGAUGGAUGGGGCAUAAUUUCUGCUUUCAACUCUCACUACAAACUUAUGUUCAUUCAGAAUAGGGUAGUUGCAUACGAUGUACCAAUGGAUAAUAAUACCGAAUCCACUCCGUUUACUAUUAAAGACGCAAUAUAUACAGUAGCUAAUGCUUGGGACAGAGUUAGUCAACAGGUUAUUGUAAAUUGUUGGCAAAAAACUAGAAUUCUAUUUAGCACCAAUGAUGAAAUUGAAGAGACAGAGCGAGCUUUCGAGGAAGAGUGGGUUGAUAACUGUGUAUCUAUGGAGAGACUUUUUAACUAA